CCAGCCCUGUGCGCGGAGAGCGCUGAAUGCAGGCUGCGGCGGUGCUGCGGCGCGGUGAGCGGCAGAUGGAGCUGUACGGUCAGCAUAUUUCCUUUGUCCGGCUCCUGCGCGCUUCUCCUGUUUCAGGUGUUGCUGUUUGAUCCCUCCCGCUCUCCGUACAGGAAUUUCAGCUGCCUGACGUCACCCAACGCGAGAGGCGGCUGCCGCUCCUCGCCGUUCACGCAGAGGAGAGCUGGGUUUACUACAAACUCUGUGUUUCUCCCCUCUGUCCCGCGUUCUUCAUGGUUUUUAAACGCUUUCGGUCCGAAGCAGCAUCACGGGUGAGCGGCGAGAACAUCACUGAAAUCUGGACCAGCAUGUGAACUUCAACCCAGUCAAACCAGCCGCAGCGAGUAGAUGGACGAGCAAGAAGAUAGGACGGAGCGCGUGUGCGUGGGAUGCGGAGGCAGGAUUCAAGAUGCUUUCCACGUCAAGGUCCUCAAAGACGUCUGGCACAACGCUUGUUUUCGGUGCUCUGAAUGCUGUGAUCUCCUGAGAAACUGGUACUAUGAGCGAGAGGGGAAGCUGUACUGUGGGAAGCAUUAUGGGGAGAAGUUUGGUGAGCUGUGUCAUGGCUGCUCACUGUUAAUGACUGGACCAGCUAUGGUGGCUGGAGAGCACAAAUACCACCCGGAGUGUUUCGUGUGUCUCAGCUGUAAGGUGGUGAUCGAGGAGCGGGACACCUACGCCUUGGUGGAGCGCUCCAAACUCUACUGUGGUACAUGCUAUAAGCAGGAGGUUCUGGCUCCGAUGCUGGAGAGGCGUUGCUUAGCUGAUUCAUCUCUAGACUCGCUGCCUCACACGGUCACCCUGGUGUCCAUGCCAGCCGCAGCCAACGGAAAACGGGGCUUCACAGUCAGCGUGCUGAGAGAUUGCAGCAGCUCCAAGGCCAGCGUGCAAGUCAAAGAGGUCCGAGGGAUGCUGAUUAGCCCGGAGGUUCGGAAUGCCAUCCACGUCGGAGACCGCAUCCUGGAGAUUAACGGCCUUCCUGUGGGAACAUUGAUGGAAGAGGAGGUGGAGAACCUCAUCCAUCGCACAAGUCAGACUCUGCAGCUGCUGAUAGAGUAUGAUCCAGUCAGGCAGCGACUGGACCGGCUUCGCCUCGGUACCACCAACAACCGUCUGGGUGUCCCUGCCGCAUCCCGCCUGCGGCUCUCCUCUCCGUCAGACGGGGUGAUUGAGAGAACAGAAGCUGAUGAGGGGACGCUGAAGAGGAGAUCGCUCAGGCGCAGCAACAGUAUCUGUAAAUCUCCGGGUCCUGGCUCUCCGAAGGAUCUCCCACCACUGACGCGGGACAUCGGCCGCUCUGAGUCGCUCCGCGCCUCCUCCAGCUGCUCCCACCGCAUCUUCCGCCCCUGUGACCUCAUCCAUGGGGAGGUGCUGGGCAAGGGCUUCUUCGGCCAGGCCAUUAAGGUCACUCAUAAGGCGACGGGGGAGGUCAUGGUAAUGAAGGAGCUCAUCCGCUGUGACGAGGAGACCCAGAAAACCUUCCUAAAGGAGGUGAAAGUGAUGCGGAGUCUGGAUCACCCAAACGUCCUCAAGUUCAUUGGCGUGCUGUACAAAGACAAGAGGCUAAACCUGAUCACAGAGUUCAUUGAGGGAGGAACACUGAAGGACUUCAUUAGAGACAUGGACCCGUUCCCAUGGAGGCAGAGGGUUAGCUUUGCCAAAGGCAUUGCUUCUGGAAUGGCAUAUCUGCACUCUAUGAGCAUCAUCCACAGAGAUCUCAACUCACACAACUGCCUGGUGAAACUGGACAACACAGUGGUGGUGGCGGACUUUGGUUUGUCCCGACUUGUCAUGGAGGACAAGGUGAAGCAGCCACCACCUGACAAGCCAACUAAUAAGAAGAGGCUGUUCCGCCGCAUUGACCGGAAAAAGCGCUACACAGUCGUGGGCAACCCGUACUGGAUGGCCCCAGAGAUGCUAAACGGUAAACGCUAUGAUGAGAAGGUGGACGUUUUCUCCUUUGGCAUUGUGCUCUGUGAGAUCAUCGGGCAGGUGUAUGCCGAUCCAGAGUGUCUGCCUCGGACACUGGACUUUGGCCUCAAUGUGGGCAAAUUCAUGGAGAAGUUCCUUCCUGAAGACUGCCCGCCUGCUUUCUUCCCUUUGGCCGUGACCUGUUGUGACCUCUUUCCUGACAGCCGACCAGCGUUUGAGAAGCUGGACGACUGGUUCGAGGCUUUGGCGCUGAACCAGGAGCUGGGCAUCCCUCUGCCAGCCGAGCUGGACGAACUGCAGCAGAACCUGUGGAAGACUCACAGUCCAAACAUGUAUGACCUUUCACCCAACCCCAGCCCCACAACACGGGCUCCAGAACGGUCCACUCUGGAAACCAACGGCACAUAGCCCAUGGGGACGGCCUUUUCUAGUCUCCACAUGACCCCCCGCUCAUUGAGAGCCUGCACAAAGACUGCUGGAGGCAGUGACCAAAAGGAGCUGGCUGGACUAACCUUAUUCUUAAUUACCUACAUGGAUGAGUUUACAUAACUGGAGCUGUGGACAUGCUACGUAAAGAGAAAUGCAGACUGCAGUGCUUGGGAUGCUGUCUGUGGGAUUUUCGUGUUGGCUUUCGAACUUCGAAGGCAUUCUAGAACGCAGCUUUGCAGGUUUCUAAUGAGGGAACAGGCAGAUUUCAGUGGCCUGAAGGUUCUUUGUCUUCCUUUUUUCUGCUUUUCAGAGGGUAAGGUGUUUGUUUCCUUACAUAACAGACUAAUUUGGGAUUUUUGGCAUCACCUUUGCCAUUUAUUUCUGGAGUGCCUGCAACUGGAGGCAUCAUGAUAAAUCUGUAAAAAUGAACCUGUUUCCUGAAUGACACUAGCUGCUAGCUUUGUUUCUGCUGCGAUCACAAAAACACAAAGGUCUUAUCACAGUGUCUGCGAGUGGGUGCCUCGGGACAAAUGAGUAGCAUUGCUGUUUUAUUGCUUUAGACAUCUAACAGCCAAGCCACUAUCUAAUAAUGUGCUUAGGGGAGUUCACUAUAUCUGUUGAUGCUUAAUAACUAAGUACUUCAGUGUGCUCUGUUCAAUGCUGGCACAUUUGCUGAAGUUCAGAAAUGUUUGACUAUGCUGCCCCCUGCUGGAUGAUUAUAUGUUCAUCUCCUUUAAAAACUGGAUUUAUUCAUUUCUCCUCAAUGGAGAGGCAAGAUCGAACUGAGAGACUAAUAUUUCUAUUUUCCUCCGAAUUGUUCGAUAUAUUGGUGAAAACUUGUUCUGGAACUGUUUAUUAAAUGAUCAAACAAUCCAGCACUAUUUGAAGACUACCUAUGUACGGACUUCAUAACACAAGCAUAAACGUUAAAUAGCAUUCAGAAUGUUAAGACGAAUAUUUCCAUAGCGGCUUCAGUCAAUAUUCACAAGAUCACACAUUCUCUAUACUAAAGUCACAGACAACUGUUCCAUUUAUAACACUGUUAUAAAGCCAGAGGCCUAGUUAAGAACCCCAAAAGUCAAUUCUUUGAAAGAUUUUGAUGCCCUAAGAUUAAAGGCAUGCCAUGAAGUCCCUGUCUGGGUGGCCCUCAGUUACUGAAUAAUCUAUAUCCUGAUCGGUUGUUAGUGUUUUAGGCUCCCAGCUUGAUGUAAAUAGUGUAUCAAAGCAGUUGUGUACCACAAUAAUUAUAAAGCUGUUUGGUGAGUAGCGCAGAAAGCUGCCCU